CAUCGCCCAAUCUGCGCGUCGCAGUUAUGGACUCUGGUGAACUGCGGUAUAGUAGACAAUGUGAUGUGUGUUUAGCCUGUACAUACGCAAUUUAUAAUAACUUUUACGUUCAAAACAAAGUUAAAUAUUAUAUAUUUCUUAAUAAAUUGAAAGAUAAUUAUAACGCUUAAUUCUAAUUAUGUCAAUGGAAACAGUUCCCAAAGAUUUACGUGGAUUAAGAGCGUGUUUAGUAUGUUCAUUGGUUAAGACAUUUGAUCAGUUUGAAUUCGAUGGUUGCGACAAUUGUGAUGAAUUUUUACGUAUGAAAAAUAAUAAAGACAAUGUUUUUGACUGCACAAGCUCUAACUUCGAUGGUAUGAUCGCUGCAAUGAGCCCUGAAGAUAGCUGGGUUUGCAAAUGGCAGAGAAUAAAUCGUUUCUGUAAAGGCGUAUACGCAAUAUCGGUAUCAGGUAGAUUACCAGCAGGUGUUAUAAGAGAGAUGAAAAGCAGAGGAAUAGUGUAUAGACCGCGCGAUACAAGUCAACGAUAAUUUUCAACUUGUAAGAUCACUAUCAUAUUCUAUUGUUAUAUUUAAUAGAAUAAUUUUUUCAUUUUUUGCACUAAAAGUUUUAUAAGAUCAUCUCGAAAAUAUUAAUUCAAUUUGAUUGAUAUGAACUUUUGUUUAGGUUUCAGAAUUUUCCUGUAUUCCUUCAACCUAUUUGACUAUGUUUAAAAUUUUUCUGACAUUUCCUCGCGACUUUACUCUCUCCCUAUUUCAAAAGAUUACAGUAUAUUAAUAUCCUCUUCUAAUAUUUUGUAAGUGUUUGUACAGAUUUUUAAAUGGACUAGUUUGUAAUAUCUUGAAAACUUUUGAAUUUAAAGCAUAUGUACAUCUCGUGUCGAACCCAUUCUCUCUUAUCAUACACAUGUUCCAUUAACAUUAUGUACUGAAUAUUAAAAAAAAAAUGUUAACGUUUGAUUUUCUAAUGACUGAAAUACAAAAUUAGUCUUCUUUCUUUCCUACAGAUCAUUGCAGAAUAAGUUAAUGUGUGUACAUAAAAGUUUACGAACAUAAAUUUCUUCUUUUAUGCAGAUUAAUAUCAAAUAUGACUGUUACCUGGACAUACGUUUGAAUGCGAAUAAAAAGAUGGAUGCCGCAUCACUGGCAACUGACUGUUUACACAAUUAAGCCAUAGAUUUGCACAAGUAACAUGAUAAUUAUUUUCAUUAUAAACUACCCCGCCACUAGUAAUAAUCGUUAAACAAAGUGAACAACAAAUGGCUUCUCCUUGAUGUAAAGGCCAAGCUGGUAAUUCCGUAACUAUCUGUAAAUGUAUUAUAUAUUUAUAAAUUUAUAUUAAGGAUUUAAGUUAAUAAGAUAUAAAAAGUUGUAA